AUGCCUACAGCUGUGAUAAAACCACCGUCAAUGGAAAUUUCGAUGAAUAAACCUGUACCCGAUUCACUAAUAGACUACGCCUCAACUUCGAUAUGUUCUAUCCAAACCACUUUGCCCUCUAACAAACCUACUCAACCAUGUUUGCCCGACCUCCUCUUAUUUAUCAAGAAAAUAAUCACUGACCUUAAUCUGCCUGUGCUAACGGUACUCGUAUGCCUGAUCUAUUUUCACCGACUUAAACGAGCCCUACCAAAAAGUUAUAGCACAGAAUAUGGUACUGCUCAUCGAGUAUUUGUGAGUUCGGUGUUAGUCGCUAGCAAAUACAUUGACGACCAACCAUUGACUAGUAAACGUGUGGUGGAAAGUGUAGGGUGGAAUGUUUGGAGCAUCAAAGAAGUUAAUCGAAUGGAAAGAACAUUCUUGAAUUUGCUGAAAUGGGAUCUAUCGGUAGAUCGCGAAUCAUUGUAUUCUUAUUUGGCGGAAUUAAGAGAGAAUCAACACAUUGAACUUUAA